GACAACAUCGUCUCUAAAAGAUAAACUUGUAGUCUUGUACCGACGAACAAACAGAAACAUCUGGCUUUCCUUAUCUUCUGUGCACUCCCGCCAAAUGUGAAGGUACAUUUCCUCAUGGAUAUACCUGUCACUGUAAGCCUUCAAAACCCACCUCUCCCACCCAAACAGUUCCACACCAAAAACCCAACACCAAAAGACUUGAACUUGCUCAUAAAGCACCACGCCAACCUCAAAAACGACCAUGCAAUCCUCUCAACCUAUACCCACAUGGAGUCUCUUCGACUGGCGCCGGAUAACUCCUCUCUCCCUCUAGUUCUCAAGGCCUGUGCGCGGCUGAGCGCCGUCGAGAGAGGGAAGGGGAUACAUUCGAGUAUUCGGAACUCGGGUUUGGAUAAAGAUGUGAGGAUUGGGACUGCCCUUGUUGAUUUCUACUGCAAAAGUGGGCUCAUUGAUGAUGCAGUGAAGGUGUUUGAUGAAAUGCGUGAGAGAGAUUUGGUUCUGUGGAAUGCUUUGAUUCAUGGGUGUGUCGGGUGUGGUUGUUAUCAAGAGGCUAUAUGCUUGUUUAGGGAGAUGCAGAGUGAGGGGUUGAAGCCGAAUUCGCGCAGUGUGGUUGCAUUGCUUUUGGCUUGUAGGGAGGUUUCGGAGUUGAGAUGUGGGAAAGAGAUACAUGGCUAUGGUUUGAGGAAUGGAUUGCUUGAUUUGGAUGCUCAUGUGGGGACUGCUUUGAUUGGGUUUUAUAUGAGAUUUGAUGUCAGAAUGUCGCAUCUUACAUUCGAUUCGAUGGUUGUGAGGAAUGUUGUUAGUUCGAAUGCAAUAAUUACAGGGUAUGUUGAUGUUGGGGAGUACUUGAUGGCGGUGAAGCUUUUCGUGCAGUUGCUUGUGGACGGGGUUGAGUUUGACUCUGUUUCGAUGUUGGUUGUGAUUCAGGCUUGUGCGAAAAUUGGAUCUGUUGAAUUGGCUAGGCAAAUUCAUCAAAUGGCUAUAAAGUACAGCUACAGCAGUGAUCUUUUCAUUGUAAAUGCAUUGCUGAAUAUGUAUAGUGAGUGUGGACGUAUUGAAUUAUCGCAUGCAUUAUUUGAAACUGUCCCAAACCGUGAUGUAGCUUUGUGGAAUUCCAUGCUAGCUGCAUACAGUGAAUAUGGUUUUUAUGAGGAAGCCAUGAACUUAUUUUUGAAAAUGCAAACAGAAGGAAUCGUGGAAGAUCAAAGAACUGUUUAUAUAAUGUUGUCAUUAUGUGAAGAAUUAUCUGAAGGCUUGAUAGAGGGUAAAAGCUUGCAUGCUCUUGCAUGCAAGAAUGGGAUGGAAAUGGAUGUUUCUCUCGGAAAUACAUUGUUAAGUAUGUAUGCUGAAUUUAACUGUGUGCAGUCUGUUAAGAAGGUUUUUGCUGAGAUGAAAGGUUCAGAUGUUGUAUCAUGGAACAUUCUGAUCAGGGCAUUGGCCUGCAAUGGAUUGCGAGAUGAAGCAUGGGAAACAUUUGGUGUCAUGCGAGAAUCUGGAACCAAGCCAAACUCACACACCAUAAUAUCUGUCCUUGCUAUUUUUGAAGCUGAAACUUGUGUAAAUACAGUGCGAGCGAUUCAUGGUUUUGUAAUGAAACAUGGUAUUGAAGUUGACCUAUCUUUGAAUACUGCACUAACAGAUAUAUACAUGAAUAGCAGUGAUGAAGCAGCAGCUAGGACUCUAUUUGAGAACCGCCCCUGUAGGGAUGUGAUCUCAUGGAAUGCUAUAAUUGCCAGUUACAUCCGAAACAAUGAAAGCAAUGAAGCUCGGUUACUUUUCAACCGUAUGAUUUCAGAAGUGAAACCCAACUCUGUCACGAUCACAAGUAUUCUCUCAUCAUGUACCCAAGUUGCAUCUCUGCCUCUAGGUCAAUGCUUGCAUGCUUAUGCAACUAGGAGGCACUUCUCAUUUGACUUUGAUUUGUCUCUUGCAAAUGCUUUUAUAUCUAUGUACGCUAGAAGCGGUAGUAUGCAAAAUGCUGAAAAGAUCUUUAAGAGUUUACCAACGAGAAAUGUUAUAUCAUGGAAUGCCUUGAUAACUGGCUACAGCAUGCACGGUCAUGUAUAUGAUGCUAUUCUUGUGUUCCAACAAAUGUUAGAGGAUGGUUUCCAACCAAAUGGUUCAACUUUUGUAGCUGUACUGUCUGCUUGCAGACAUUCUGGUUUGAUAGAGAUGGGAUUGAAGCUUUUCCACACUAUGGUACAUGAUCUGGAGAUAACACCCGAGCUUGUUCACUAUGGUUGUGUCGUUGACCUUCUUUGUCGUGCAGGCCGCUUAGAUGAAGCUAGAGAGUUUAUCGAGUCAAUGCCUAUUGAACCAGAUGCAUCUGUGUGGAGGGCUUUGCUCAAUGGUUGUCGAGUUAAUUCUGCGCCUGAGUUAGCUGGAGCAAUCUUUGAGAAACUUGUGGAAUUAGAACCCAUGAAUGCAGGGAAUUAUGUUCUGCUAUCUAAUAUAUAUGCUGCAGCAGGUCUGUGGUUAGAGGUCAGGAAGAUAAGAACAUUGCUGAGGGAAAAGGGUUUGAAAAAGCCUCCAGGAACAAGCUGGAUUGUUAUUAAAAGUCAGGUCCACUCUUUUGUUGCCUCAGACACAUCACACCUUCAUUCAAACAGAAUUUAUGCUUGUUUAAAUUCUCUGUCAGCCUUAAUCAAAGAAAUUGGUUAUACUCCUGAUCUUCAAGGGGUUUUGCAUGAAGAAGAGAAUUAAGUUGAAAGAGGUGACAGAAUCUUGGUUAUUUCUUAUUGCUGAGGGUUGGGUUCUAUUCAUGUGUGCGAUCUUAACAUGAAGACCUUUGCAUUUGUUCGAGUCCCUGCUCAUGCUGAAUUACUUUUAGGCUUGAAGAGCAAUUCCCUGAGAUGCUGUGAGAUGAAAGAAAUUCCAGGAAUAUGAAUUUCUCAGCAUGAUGGAGCCACCAGCAGCAGUCUCAAAAGCGUGAAAGAACCAUGAGCAUCAAUCUCAAAAGCAUGAAGAUUCCAAGUUUGCUUCUGAGUUCCUGACCAGAUUGUUUUCACAAACAGAUAAAAAGAUUGAACUGUAUAUACAUGAUUCUCACUGAUUUCGUUGUUCUCAGGCAGAGCAUAGUUAUUAUUUCAUUC